AGUAUUUAGCCUAUCCGAAGCCAACUAAAACUUGAGUGUAUAAUAUUCUAGAGAAACAGACUUAUAUAUCAAUCAGGAAAUAAGAAAUCCAUUUGCUAUCUAAUUCUAAACAAUGAAAGCAUUAAUGCAGUUAUCUUGGACCAAAGUAUUGAUUGCUGGUUUCAUUUGUUACAUGGCAUACACUGGAUUUACCAUCUACACCGUGUUUGCACCAUCAUCUUGUAAUGAAUUGCAGUAUUGCAUUAAGCCUUACUUAUCAAAAAUGCCAAAAUUAGGACUACAGAUCUCUACAUCCAUCCAGAAUACUAUUAACCCAAAUUUACUACAAUCAGUGUGGACUUAUGACAACUUUUCUGUUCAUGAAUCAAUUGUAAAAACUUUCACUGUAAGUAUUCCUAAGAAAACUCGGAACAAUGGAACACUGUAUGUGCAUGCUUUUAUCUAUCCGCAAGGCCAACCUCCUGAAUCUGCCUUCAUUGGGCACUAUGUUUCGCAGAUAACCAGAUUUUCUUUACCCCAAGACCAAUAUAUAAACUUGCUUGGAGGGUAUGAUUUUAAUAUCACUUCUACUGCUUCUGACAAGUUAGUGAAUAGUUCAAAAGAAAAACCUCAUACACAUUUAUAUCAGCAUUUAACUGUAAAUGUUCUUAAUGAUAAUAUAACUAUUCAUAAGCAUAAAAUUCCUGGAGAGAUAUACCAUCUGUUAAGGAUUACCCGUGAUGGAAAAUUUUAUUACCCUAUUGUUUUUGUUGAUGAAAUGGCAUUUAGGACAAAGGAUCUAAUGCCUGUGAAUGAAACAUCUUUAGUUUUCCCAUUAACUAUUACAUACAGUCCCAUAUCACUUGGUAAAAUGAAAAUGUGGAUCACCUUACAGCAUUCAUUCAAAGUAUUAAAAGAUUUAGGGUUUACUGAAAAAGACACUGAUGAAAUUAAAGGAAUAUUUGUUGAUACCAGCUUUUAUUUAUUGAUGUUGACAUUUAUAGUUGCUGGAUUUCAUCUGUUGUUUGAUUUCCUGGCUUUUAAAAAUGAUGUUAUGUUUUGGCGUGAAAGAGAGACAAUGGUUGGAGUUUCAGUGAGAGUUGUUAUCUGGCGAUGUUUGUCCACUGCAAUUAUUUUUCUCUAUCUGUUGGAUGAAAAAACUAGUCUACUUGUUUUAAUUCCAACAGGCAUAGGCAUGCUAAUUGAGAUUUGGAAAGUUACCAAAGCUCUUAAAGUUACUCUUCAUUUUGUGGGUUUCUUGCCAAAGUUACAAAUAGGUGGGAGCAACGAUCAAGAAAAAGAAACAGAAGCGUUUGAUUCAGAGGCAAUGAAGUAUUUAUCAUAUGUUCUAUAUCCUUUAUGUUUUGGAGGUGCCAUAUAUUCAUUAUUCUUUGUUCAACAUAAAAGCUGGUAUUCCUGGAGCAUUAAUAGCCUUGUGAAUGGAGUGUAUGCCUUUGGGUUUUUGUUUAUGCUACCUCAGUUAUUUGUCAACUAUAAGUUAAAAUCUGUGGCCCACUUGCCUUGGAGAGCAUUUAUGUACAAGGCCUUCAACACAUUUAUAGAUGAUGUUUUUGCCUUCAUUAUCACAAUGCCUACAGCCCAUCGCUUAGCCUGCUUUAGGGAUGAUAUAGUAUUUCUAAUUUAUUUAUAUCAAAGAUGGUUGUACCCUGUAGAUAAAAAACGAGUGAAUGAGUUUGGUGCUUCUUUCAAGGAAGAUGAUUUGAAAGUCAUAAAAAAAGAAUCAAAGAAAGGCAAAUGAAGCAUCAUUGAAAUUCUGAAUAUAUUCUAUUAUUUAAUCUUUUUACUUUUUUUGUUUGUUUCCACAUUGCUUUUGUAAAUUUGCUAUGUUUUUUUUUUUAAAAAAGCUCCAGUUUUAAGUUAAAUAAGUCAGCUUAAUUGUCACACUAUCUAUUAGUAUUUUAGAAAGCUCCUCAAAAUAGAUUUUUCCACAUAUCAAUGUUAGAACCUGUUUGAAUAAUCAAUAUUAACAUAUUUCAACAUAGCAGAUUCUUUAAUGAUUUACAAUAAUUCAUUACUAUUAAACUUUGUCAGAAUCUGAUUCAGAUUGCCUGUGAAUUGUUUUUCUACAUAACCCCUCUAAAAGUUAUGACUUUAAAAAAAAUCAUUAUAAAAAUAAAUGUGAUUAAUAUGUUCAUACUUACUAUAAAGUUGUGUCCUGAUUUAGGAUUAACCACUGCUAAAUUAAAAGAUCUAAAUUUUC